AUGAGCGAUCUCGAUAAAGCCAUCGCGCAGUUGCGCUCAUGUCGACCCAUACCUGAGACGCAGGUCAGAGAGCUGUGCUACAAGGCACGAGAGCUGCUGAUCGAAGAGGGCAAUGUCGUCACAGUCAAUGCGCCCGUCACGAUAUGCGGUGAUAUCCACGGCCAGUUCCACGACUUGAUGGAGCUCUUCCGCGUCGGCGGUGAUGUUCCCGACACCAACUAUCUCUUCAUGGGCGACUUUGUCGACCGCGGCUUCUACUCGCUCGAAUCCUUCCUCCUUCUCCUCUGCCUCAAAGUCCGCUACCCCGAUCGCAUCACCUUAAUCCGCGGAAAUCACGAAUCACGUCAGAUCACCACCGUCUACGGCUUCUACGAUGAAUGUCUGCGCAAAUACGGCAGCGCCAACGUCUGGCGGUACUGCUGCGAGGUCUUUGACUACCUCGCUCUGGGUGCUCUGAUCCUUGGUGCCGCCUCCGAACUUGGUCCUACUUCUGCCGAGCUGCCUUCAGACGCAGGCCAGCCCAUACCCGAAUCUCUCGAAGACGUCGAGAUCGAAAUCAUCAACUCACACAACCAAGUCAUGAACCGCUUCCCUCGCGCAAAAGCUUCGACCGAGUCGUCGGUGCCCAACAUCCCCUCAAAUACUGGCCCCGCUGGUACAGGCGCAACAUCAUCAAGCGGCGGAUCUGUAUCAAAUCCUGGAGGUGCCGUGUUGUGUGUACACGGCGGUCUAAGUCCUUUGAUCGACAGCAUUGAUAAGAUCAGGCUCAUCGAUCGAAAGCAAGAAGUCCCCCACGAAGGUGCCAUGUGCGACCUUCUCUGGUCAGAUCCAGACGAGAUAGACGGCUGGGGUCUAUCACCACGAGGAGCUGGCUUCCUAUUCGGUGCUGAUAUCGUCAAGCACUUCAACCACAAGAAUGACCUCAGUCUGAUAGCCCGAGCGCAUCAACUCGUUAUGGAAGGUUUUAAGGAAAUGUUCGACAACACCAUCGUUACUGUCUGGAGUGCUCCCAACUAUUGUUACCGCUGUGGAAACGUCGCCGCCAUCUUGGAGUUGUCAGAAGAUGGAAGCAACGGUGGCUACACACCACGCAGCAAUGGUGAAAUUGACCGAUCAGCAGGGAUUGUGUCUGAACUGGAACUCAAACAAGGGCCUGGCAGGAGGUAUCGCGUCUUCGAAGCCGCGCCGCAAGAUUCCAGGGGAAUGCCUGCAAAGAAGCCCGUUGCUGAUUACUUCUUGUAA